UAAAACAUUGUAUUGGAGUGUAUUGAUUUCGCUGCUCUUGCUCGGAUGGAUAUUUUUCAGCAUCCACAGAAUCUAGUUCCCUGGUGUACUAGAGGGGAUCACCUUGAGCUGCUCGUUCUCACUCCGGUUACAUGAACAUCGUUGUUCUGACUUAUUUGCAGAGAAAAGUACUCCAGUGAUUAUGCCUCAGUCAAAGACGGCCGACGUGGGCUCUGCCUUCAUCCAGACACAGCAGCUCAAUGCUGCUAUGGCUGACACUUUCCUGGAACACAUGUGCCUACUGGAUAUUGACUCUGAACCCACCACUGCCCGCAACACUGGCAUCAUUUGCACCAUUGGGCCAGCCUCACGUUCUGUGGACAUGCUUAAGGAGAUGAUUAAAUCUGGAAUGAAUAUUGCUCGCUUGAACUUUUCUCAUGGCACACAUGAGUAUCAUUCAAAGACCAUCAAAAAUGUACGGACCGCAUGUGAAAGUUUUGAACCUGGCAGUAUCCACUACCGACCUAUUGGCAUUGCCCUGGAUACCAAGGGCCCAGAGAUCAGGACUGGCCUCAUCAAAGGAAGUGGCACUGCUGAGGUGGAACUGAUAAGAGGCAACACAAUCAAGCUUACUCUGGAUGACAGCUACCAGGACAAGUGUAGUGAGGAAAUCCUCUGGGUGGACUAUAAGAAUAUUACCAAGGUGGUGGAAGAAGGCAGCAAGAUCUACAUUGAUGAUGGACUCAUCUCUUUGCAGGUCAAGGAAAUUGGUGACAAUUACCUCAUGUGUGAGGUUGAGAAUGGUGGAUCCCUUGGUAGUAAGAAGGGAGUGAACCUGCCAGGUGCUGCUGUCGACCUGCCUGCGGUUUCUGAAAAGGAUAUCCAGGAUCUGCAGUUUGGUGUGGAAGAGGGAGUCGACAUGGUCUUUGCUUCAUUCAUUCGUAAAGGAGAAGAUGUAGACGCUGUCAGAAAAGUGCUUGGAGAGAAAGGCAAAAACAUUAAGAUUGUCAGCAAACUUGAAAACCACGAGGGUGUGUACAGGUUUGAUGAGAUUUUGGAGGCUAGUGAUGGCAUCAUGGUUGCCCGUGGUGAUCUGGGCAUUGAAAUCCCAACAGAAAAGGUGUUCUUAGCCCAAAAGAUGAUGAUUGGCCGCUGCAACAGAGCUGGCAAGCCGGUUACAUGUGCCACACAGGUGAGCAAACAUUGCAUGUUGUUUCCUAGCAGUCAAUGUCUGAUAUUUAAGAUGUGCUGUAUUCCAACCCCAGUUCCAAUGAAGUUGGGACAUUGUGUAAAAUGUAAAUAAAAGCAAUACAAUGAU